AUGCCUCGAGAGGUGGCUGACACGAAGUUGCAGAAAAAAGACCUGCAAAAGUCGUACAACUGCAACUCUAUAUUCCUACAAGAGUUUGAGGAAGUGAUGGAAAAGUUCGAAGCAUUGGAGAAGCAGCUGUCGCUCAAGGGCAACCAGUUUCAGCAGCUUCAAGCAGAUCAUGAAGAGCUCCAGGGGGGAUUCAAGACGGUUGAAGAUGAGAGACACAACGUGCAAGAAUUGUGCGACAAGCUUGCUGGCGACAACGAAGAACUGUUGGAGGAUAAUACUGUGCUCGGAGAGAAGAAGUGGCCCUUGAAGACGAGUGCGAGGAUCUCAAAGCACGAUGUGCCGAGGAGAAAAUGGACAGAGAGCACAUGGAAGACCAGCGAGCUUUGA